UGAGAGUGUAAAACCUUGAACGGUUGGAUGCGAUUCGUGUCUCUUCUCGGCAGUCACGUCAAGGAAAGAAAACCCGAAGAAUUUUGAAAAGAAUUAGGAAUGUUUCAGCCGUCAUCAUGGCAAUCAAUGUCAACAUAAAUAUUGGUCUCGCUCAAUACAAGCAUGAUGGGGAUGAUGGCACAGAGAGCCUUCGUAAUUCCAAACCGCCUCUUGGUACAAACAGGACUCGCAGUUUCUUUCCUGUUUCUGCUAGCAAAUACGGCAAUUCACGGGAAACCGAGACACUCGGCUAUAGACAAAUAUGUUGCGUAUUCGGAGGUUUUUCCAUCCUUGAAGGAUGUGGCAACGAUGGCAAAUCUCUCGCACUUGGUCUAUAAAUUUAAGUCCGAGCGGAACUUUACUUGCGCCGAUUUCUACCCAUCCGUAGAAAAUAACACCGAGCACUUAACGUGCGAACUGUACAUACACGAAUAUUUCUUGGGAACCCAAGUGCUGAUGUUGUCGAACAAUAAAGAAAAAUACAUUGCCAUUGUCUUUGCAGGAACUGAUGAUAUAAUGACAAUGAUCGAGGACACAAAUAUAUUGACAAAACCAUUCGGCAAUAAUUCCACUGUCCAUUUGACCCCAAAGGCGAAUCAGCUCAAAGAACGCGCCAAGGUCCAUUCUGGAUUCAACAACGCAGUUUUCACUCACGAUAUUUGGGAACGUAUUUAUGCCAAAACAAAAUACCUAAUGCACUUACAUCCAACAUAUCGAUUAUGGACUACCGGUCACUCUUUGGGAGGGGCUAAUGCGAUUUUGACUGCAACCGCCUUUGCCUCAUUGAAUCGUAAUCGAAGAGUUCUGAGCGUUAGUUUUGGUUGUCCACAGACCGGGAAUUAUUACUGGAGAGAAUAUUUUAACGAUACGUCGCCCCUCUCCAAUAACCUGGGAAUCUGGCGCGUGGUUCUGGGAUGGGACUUGGUUCCAAGACUUCCGGAGUUCUUUCAUCGUAAGUAUUUGAUUAUCUGCCACACGAGCUUUUCCUUUGACCUACUGUUUCGCCGUUGAAACAAAGUGCACCGUUGUAUUCGUCACUUUGUUGAACGGCAUCAUUCUCAGUAUUUUUGUUUCGUUUUACAUGAAUGUCAAACUCUUCGCAGAUGUCGGUCAUACGAUACAAAUUGAUGUCAAGACAGGCGAAUCCAAGGCCUACUACGAACACUAUGGCAACGUCGAACGAGGAUACGCAGGAGUACCGAAUGGUUGGUAUGCCAAGAGCCAUGCAUGGCUGCCUUCCGCGCUCAGUUUUCAUCGCAUGACAAAGUAUGUUGAAAACAUAGCCAAACUAGAGCCAGCAUCAUGGGCCAAACACUUUUACCCGGUUCAUUCUAAUGUGUAUGAUGACGACGACGACGAUAUCAACCCCCUCGACGACUGGCCUGGACAGGACGAAACUCAAUUCAUAGAUACAUAUUAAAAGUGUAGAGGUGUUAAUGAUAAUGG